AGACAAAGGCUGCGCUCAGCGCGGGCGGGCUGGACCUGCGGGUACCCCCGCGCCCCCACACGCACGCUCCGGCUGCUCCCCGCCCUGCCCUCCACCUCUCCGGGAAGAUCCAGCAGACGGAUCAAAGCUCGCCUUUUUGCCAUCGAAAGGAUUAACUCCCCGGGGAGCAGCGGCGGAGGCUGAGCCUACGCUCCCGCCACGCAUCGCCUGCUGCACGGCGCACUCAGGAGUUGUGGAGCCAACCUCCCGACAGCUAAUCCCCCUCCCUGCUGGAGCCGGGGCGGCUGGGGAGAGCGAGCCGGGCUGCUGGGCGAAGGGACAGGAGGGGAAGAGGACGGGGAGGAGUGUGCACACACACACACACACUCACACACGCAGGCGUGCCCGCACUCCCCGCAGACGGCGGGCAGCGGCACCGCAUCGGGGGCUGUGUGCGGGGAGCUCCGUAGGGAGCCGAGCGCUGAAUAAAACAAGCUGGAGCAUCAGGCGAGGGGAUCUGUUCGCUUGGAAAAGUCUUUAAGGAAUCGAUCGGGAGAUGCCGGCAAAAGAAGUUGGUGAAAGCCGGGCUGGAAGGGCCGGGAGCUGCGCGCCUCCGGCUCCAUCAGACGCCGGGAGCAGCUGAACUUUGUGGGGUUUGAAUCUGUGUUUCUGUUCUGCGAACGCUUCGGGAGAGUCACAGCGCGGCAUCGCACACCUUGCGCCUGACCGAGCCUGGGGAACAGCAAAGGGGGGAUUUCUGUCUCUCCAAGGACCAUCACCCGUGGAAAAAAAAAAAAAAGCUGGAGAAAGGCAAUUUAUCUUUCUUUUCCAGAUGACUGAAAACACCCACAGGAUCCUGUCUCUCCGGUUUUCAUCAGUGAGUAGCAUCAGGGAGAGACGGCUGAGGAACAAAAAUGAUAUCAGUCAAAAUCAUUCCAGCAUCUGCUUUUUCCUAAGGAACUUCAUGCCCAUAGGGGGUUUCUAUGGGCAUUUCCAGGAGUGAUACCGAGGUACCACAGAUGCAUCCCUACUGGAUCAUGUAAGAAUUUUCGAAUUACAAACCUACCCCAUCAAGACCUUCUCUGCCCGGUUUGCAGUACAUGGUUUGGUGUAAGUACAGCAAUUCUCGCCUCUUUCUCUCCUUUUUAAGUCUCUUGAGCUUGGAGAUCUCUUUCCUCGUUGCAAUUAUGAUUAUUUGCAACAUCAGUGCCAUCAAAGAUUGGAGCACUUUCCUCUCCCAGAUCCUCCCCAGCGUUAACAAGACUCUGAACUUGGUACAGCAAGUGGAAGCCACCACCAGCUCGGUGGUAAGUGUCCUCCAGGACCCUGAGCAGGACAACUACCUGUCCAAUAGCCAGUCCAUGAACUCCAGCAACUUCACAGCUGGCCUGGACCACUUGUUCCAGUACUCAUACUCGGACAAUGACCAGCUCUACAAGGAGUACAAACCCCCUCCUCGAGAUGCCAUUCCUCUGCCCAAGGCUGUCCUCUACCUUCUCAUGGCAGCCCUGGUGGUGGUGGCAGUGGCAUACGCCAUCGUCGGGCAUCUCAUCAAAGACCUCAUUUACGACUUUGUAGACUGGAUCUUUGGCCCCAACCCGGACGACAACAGCAACAAGAGCGACAUCAACUGCAUCAGCAACAGCGUCAACGAGAUGAGCGAGAUGCCCGAGGCGCCGCGGCACCGGGACCGGCAGCCCCAGGACGUGGUCAUUGCCAUCGGCGAGACUUGCCACUUGCCACAGCAGACGUGACCGGCGCGAUGUCCGGGCCAGGCGGGAUGGAGCAGCGGGAUGGAGCAGCAGGAUGGAGAGCAGGAAUGGAGCAGAGGGAUGGAGCGGAGGGCUGGAGCAGUGGAACAGUGCAGCAGCCACCUUGCAGGACCGGGCAGUGAGAGGAAGGGAUGGGCAGAGCCGGCACUGCGGAGCAAAGCCCUUCUCCCACUGGCUUUGCCUCUAAGGACCUUGCUGGGGUGGGUGGCAUUGCCCCUUCUCCCAGGCUUGUCAGCCCUGUCCUGACAUCUGCCCGUGGGUUUGUGACCCCUUCUUUGUUCCCUGUGAAUAGCGAAAAAGAAAAAGCAAAUGCAAAAUACACCCACCAA